AUGUGGAAACUCUUCCUAAUGGCAAUACUGACAGCCAGCAUUUGGACCAUGAUCCACAGCAGCCUCCUGAAUUUCAAAUUCAUGAUCCGGAGAAUUACUGGGAAAAGUGCCCUCAUUUCCUACAAUGGGUACGGAUGCCACUGUGGACUGGGUGGGAGAGGGCAGCCUCUGGAUAAGCUUUGGUGCUGUCAUGCCCAUGAUUGCUGCUAUAAGGAGUUAACCAACCAGAGCUGUCACCCAUUUUUUGAUUAUUAUCAAUACUCCAUCAUCAACGAAGACGUUAUGUGCUGGAAUACAAAUAACUCCACCUGUGCAAAGCAAGCGUGUGACUGUGACCGGACAGCAGUCCUGUGUUUCAGAAAGGAAGCAAGCAGCUAUAACAAAGGAUACCGUUAUUACUUCAAUUUCUUCUGCAAAGGAUCUAACCCCAGUUGCUAA